UUCUCUGGUGAGAGCUGUCUCCAUUCUUAGAUAUGCAGAAGGCAGACAGGGCUCACUGUGCUACUUGGAAGCUACACUAUCCACAGCUCCGACUGGCUAAGCAACUUGCCUAAACCACGUGGUCAAAACCAGGACUCACGACCCCAUUAUCCCAAUUCACAUCCCGUGUCUGCCUAGGUCCAGACCUAGCAUGAGGAUUUGGGGUGGUGGCACCUCUUUCCAAGAAAUCUCUCUCACAUACACACACGGAGGAUUCCUGCAUCCGCCUAUUACUAUGAGCUGCCACCGAGGAUUUGAUACUGCUGCACUGGGGCUCAUGCCAGCGACUUGGCUGCCAGGUGCAGCUUUCCAACUCUCAGACAGCCCCCCUUCACAGGCCCCCACUGCACCUGCUCCUGAAUGAGGCCAACUCCCAGCCAAGCCCAGGGCACGCCGGCUACACUAAGCUUUGGAUUUUUUUCUUGCCUUCCUCGUAGAUGCUUGGAGGGGAAACAGAACUGUGCAUCUUGGAACAAGUCUGCUUCUGCUAAUGCAAAUGUAGUCUUGGUUAAUGCAGACAGACUGUCAACUUCAGCAGUCAGGAGGAGAAGGAGGAAGGGGGGAUAAUUUCCCAUCUCAGAAACCAAUGAAGAAUUUCAAUAGAAUGCUUCGACUUCGGAAAUAAGAUCUUUCUGAGCAAACGGAGCCUUUCUACCUUCCCAGGCAUCUGUGUGGUCCCCAUGCUCUGCAGAGAGAAGUCUGCUCUGUGGGUUAGUGAAAACAGGAACCUGCCCUCCUGCCAGCCCCGCGCCUCUGCCUUCCUUGUUUCAGCAGAGGAAGUGUGCAGCCCUUCAGCAACCACAACUCUGGAGCUCGCUUGAUAACAUGGGCUAUGCCGGUGCUCCCUUUCAAGCCGGUGUGGCCCACUCAGCCUGGAGCAGCAGCAGCUGAUGGAGAGCUGGUGACCCCAUGCCUGGUGGCCCUCUGCUGCCAACUCCCGGGAGAGGCCAUGUUCCUCGUCUGAAGGCUUCCAGUACCUUCCACAGUCCCAGGAGAGAGAAAGAUGGGAAACAGCAUGAAAUCCGCACCUCCACCUUUGGAGAGACCAUUACCCAACCCCGAUGGACUUGAGAGUGACUUCCUGGCUGUGCUGAAUGACUACCCAUCUCCUGACAUCAGCCCCCCAAUAUUCCGGAGAGGAGAGAAACUGCGAGUGAUUUCUGAUGAAGGGGGCUGGUGGAAGGCCAUUUCUCUCAGCACUGGCCGGGAAAGUUACAUUCCAGGAAUGUGCGUGGCCAGAGUGUACCAUGGCUGGCUGUUUGAAGGACUGGGCAGGGACAAGGCCGAGGAGCUGCUGCAAUUGCCAGACACAAAGAUUGGUUCCUUCAUGAUCCGGGAGAGUGAAACAAAGAAAGGUUUCUACUCGCUGUCGGUGAGACACAGGCAGGUGAAGCAUUACCGCAUCUUCCGCCUGCCCAACAACUGGUACUACAUCUCACCAAGGCUCACCUUCCAGUGCCUAGAGGACCUGGUGACUCAUUAUUCUGAGGUGGCUGAUGGUCUAUGCUGUGUGCUCACCACACCUUGUCUGGCACAGAACACACCUGCUUCAGCGGCUCACCUAUCACCUUGCACCACCUCUGGUUCACCCGUCACCUUGCGCCAGAAGACCUUUGACUGAAGAGGGCAUCCAGGUGUGUGUUUGUGUGUA